AUGAGCAGGUGGAAGGCCGUCGACGUGACUAUGGCCGACGCCACGCAGGAUGAGAUCACCGUAGACACCAACAUGUUGGGCGGCGGCGGCGGCGGCGAAGACGACUCGACCCUGGUUCAGGCGGUCCAGGAAGUCAUGGGCACGCUGCAGAUUCAGGAGCACGCCAACGCACAGCCCGGGACCGGGACCGGGGCCGGGGGAGCGGACGCCGACUAUGCGUGGUACCCCGAGGCGUGGGCAGGUCUCAAGCGCACCGCCUCGGAGUACCUGCCGGACGUACCGGUCCCCCAGGAUGUCCAGGCCCAGAUCGUGGCCGUCUUCCAGACCGCCCCCGGGUCCGUCCCGCCGUGGGAGACGGAGGAGGCAGCCAGGGUGCGGGUCGGGACUCACGUCCGCAACGACUUCCACCAGAUGGGCGUCCCCGGUGCGGGCGGGAGCUGGUUCCGCGAGGUCAUCGCCCAGCAGGGGCUCCUCCACCUGCUGGCGGGCCCGCACGAGGCCGAUCUGGGCGAGCUGGACCGCCUUCCCGACGAGCUGCUGACCAUGGUGAUGGGCUGGAUGCCGGUCCAGACCUUCCUGCGCUUCCGCCAGGUCAACCGCCGCGCGCACUCCCUCGCCGGCCGCUCGCCUCCGCUGCGCCGCGUGGCCACGUACGGCUUCGGGGGGCUGCGCGCCGUCGUCGCCAUCGGCAUGGGACUCACCCUCACCGUCGGCGACCUGGACCGCGCCCUCGCCCGCUCCGACUGCGUCAACUGCGGCGGCUUCGGCCACUUCCUCUUCAUCCCCACCGUCCAGCGCGCCUGCUUCAACUGCCUGCGCACCCACCCGGACUUCCGCGUCGAGGCCCUCAGCCGCUUCGCCAGGUCCGUGCGCAGCAGCGUCGCCCGCCUGCGCCGCCUGCUCGGCCAGUUCCCCCUCCCCGUCGCCGGGCCUUACAACGACGCCGAGCCCCACCGCCGGGCCGCCGCCCUCCUCAAGUCCAUCGUCCCCGUCAACUGGGCCAGGGCUGAGCUGUACAGGCUGGGCGCCUUGCGCAGCCCCCCGCCCGGCUACGAGCACCCCAAGGAGGCCCUCUGCCGCCGCUUCAUGGUCUCCGUCACCUACCCGCACUACACAUCCUCCACCCUCAACCAGCGCGGGACCCCCCACCUCGCCGAUAUGCCCGACCACUUUGCCCCGCUGAUCCAGACCUACCUGCCCGCCCAGUACGGCAUCUGCUGCAAGGGCUGCACCCUCAAGGCCCUGUGCAGCAGCAGCACCUUCGUCCGCGCCUACAUGGACGUCACCUACACCGUCCCCGGAUAUCUCCGGCAUGCCGCCCAAUGCGAGUGGGCAAGGGGUGUCUGGGACAUCAGUGAGGGGGGCACCUUGGACGUCGGCCAUCACCCCUUCCUGCUUCAUGCCGGUCAUCGAGAACCCUUUCUCUCCUAUUUCGGCGUACACGCUGGUCAUGGUCGGAAUAGUGCAACUUACCUCGGUAUUUAG